AUGCCUUUCCACAAGCUUGUGAAGAGCAGCGCGUACUACAGUCGCUUCCAGACCAAGUACAAGCGCAGAAGAGCUGGCAAGACCGACUACUAUGCCCGCAAGCGUCUGAUCACCCAGGCCAAGAACAAGUACAAUGCUCCCAAGUACCGCCUGGUCGUCCGCUUCACCAACCGGGACAUCAUCCUGCAGAUCGUCUCCUCUGAGAUCACCGGUGACAAGGUCUUCGUCUCUGCCUACGCCCACGAGCUCCGUGCCUACGGUAUCGAGCACGGUCUGACCAACUGGGCCGCUGCCUACGCCACCGGUCUCCUGAUCGCCCGCCGUGCCCUCAAGAAGCUCGGCAUUGACGAGACCUUCACUGGUGUCGAGGAGGCCGAUGGAGAGUUCACCCUGACCGAGGCUGCUGAGACAGACGACGGCGAGCGCCGCCCCUUCAAGGCCAACCUCGACGUCGGUCUUGCCCGUACCUCCACUGGUGCCCGUGUCUUCGGUGCCCUCAAGGGUGCUUCCGACGGUGGCAUCUUCGUCCCCCACUCCGAGAACCGUUUCCCUGGUUACGACAUCGAGUCCAAGGAGCUCGACGCCGACACCCUCCGCAAGUACAUCUACGGAGGCCACGUCGCCGAGUACAUGGAGACCCUUGCCGACGACGACGAGGAGCGCUACAAGAGCCAGUUCCAGAAGUACAUUGACGACGACAUUGAGGCUGAUGGUGUUGAGGACCUGUACACCGAGGCCCACAAGGCCAUCCGUGAGGACCCAUUCAAGAAGUACGAGAGCGACGCUCCCAAGAAGAGCAAGGACGAGUGGAAGGCCGAGUCCAAGAAGUUCCGCAACAAGAAGCUCAGCUACGAUGAGAAGAAGGCGCGUGUCCAGGCCAAGAUUGCUGAGCUCCGCUCGGACUAA